AGAGCUACAAAUAUUGCCGCAACUGUUGUCCAUACUCUACGCCUUCACUCUCCUCCUCCUGUUACUCGUCGGCGCUUGAAGUUUUGAACUUUGUAGUACGACGCCGUUUCCAGGCUACCGCCAGCCCAGAUGGCUGUGAAAUCUUUCAUCGAAGUCCACCCGGAUUCUCACUUCCCCAUCCAGAACCUCCCGUACGGGGUGUUCAGGCCAGAACCCGGUUCAGUGCCCCGACCGGGUGUUGCGAUCGGGGACUAUGUGCUGGACCUCUCCGCGAUCGCCUCUUCCGGGCUCUUCGACGGCCAAAUCCUUAAGAACUCCGAUUGCUUCUCUCAGCCUAAUUUAAACAAGUUCCUGGCUAUGGGACGCCCUGCUUGGAAGGAAGCUCGUGCUACACUUCAAAGGCUAUUGUCAUUGACUGAACCAGCAUUGCGUGACAAUGGAGCUUUAAGGCAGAAGUCUCUGGUUCCAUUGGACAAGGCAGAGAUGCUUCUCCCUGUUGCAAUAGGGGAUUACACAGACUUCUUUUCAUCCAUGCAUCAUGCAAAGAAUUGUGGGACCAUAUUUCGUGGGCCACAGAACCCGAUUCCCCCAAACUGGUUCCACCUUCCCAUUGCUUAUCAUGGGCGAGCAUCGUCUAUUGUUAUGUCAGGAACAGACAUUGUUCGACCAAGAGGUCAAGGCCAACCGACUGGCAACUCUCCACCAUAUUUUGGACCAUCGUUGAAGCUAGACUUUGAGCUUGAAAUGGCUGCAUUUGUUGGUCCUGGAAACGAAUUAGGAAAACCUAUCGAUGUUAAUGAGGCGGCAGAUCAUAUAUUUGGACUUGUGUUGAUGAAUGACUGGAGUGCCAGAGACAUUCAGGCAUGGGAAUAUGUGCCUCUCGGUCCUUUUCUUGGAAAGAGUUUUGGUACUACAAUAUCCCCUUGGAUUGUUACACUAGAUGCUCUUGAACCUUUUGCUUGUGAUGCUCCCAGACAGGACCCUCCUCCGUUGCCAUAUCUGGCCGAGAAAAUAUCGAAGAACUAUGACAUUGCAUUAGAGGUUCAAAUUAAACCUGCGGGACACAAAGAUUCAAGUGUGGUCACAAGAAGUAAUUUCAACAAUUUAUAUUGGACAUUGACUCAACAGCUUGCCCACCACACCAUUAACGGUUGCAACUUGAGGCCUGGCGAUCUCCUUGGAACUGGGACAAUCAGUGGACCUGAGCCAGAAUCUCUUGGAUGCUUGCUAGAGUUGUCGUGGAAUGGACAGAAACCACUAUCCUUAAAUGGGUUGCCCCGAACGUUCCUAGAAGAUGGAGAUGAAGUCAUUUUUACUGGUUUUUGCAAGGGGAAUGGUUACAAAGUUGGUUUUGGGACAUGCUCUGGAAAGGUUAUUCCAUCACACCCUUGAGAGGAUGCUGUUUCCCUGAUUAAAGUAACUGCAGUAAGAUCCGAUCACCUCAAUGUGAAUUGAAUUUGCUGGAGCUGGGCUAGAUUUGAUGUCUUUCUGUCGUUGUUUCUGUAAUCUUUAUAUACUUUGUGCUAAUGAAACAGUUAACAUCGUUUGAUCAAUGUACUUAUAAAAAUAAAAAUAAAAACAUCGUUUGAUCAA